GUUACUGUAUCCGCAUCGAAAGGGUUAAUGUGUAAAAAUUCAGACCAGGAUGACGGAAUAUGUGAAGAUUACAAAGUUAGAUUUUGCUGCCCACACGAGUGGACCGACUUCUUUAAUCGAGACGAUCCUAACGGCAAUUACGACUAUGAAACACUGGAGAAAAUCCGAGAGGACUAUUCUGUAUGUGAAAACCCUACUGGAUUUGAUGCUAGAUUGUUGCAUGGCGAACAUUAUACCACGAGCGGAGAUGUAGUCGUAGUCAGUUCAUCGUUUGGACUUACAUGCAAGAAUUCAGAGCAGAAAGAUGGGAAAUGUGAAGAUUAUAAAAUCAGAUUCUGCUGU